AUGCUGUGGGUUACCUUGCUGGCCACCAUAGCCCUAGGAUGGAGCACCCCAAUCCCACUUCUGGAAGACUCGGAGGAGAUAGACGAGCCCUGCUUCGAGCCGUGCUACUGCGAGGUCAAGGAGGGCAUCUUUCACGUCCACUGCGACAGCAAAGGAUUUACAAAUGUCAGCCAGAUCUCCCAGAUAUGGAGUCGGCCCUUCAAACUCAACCUGCAGAGAAAUUCCAUGAGGAAGCUCUACUUUAACAGCUUCCUCCAUCUGAACAAUGCCAUAUCCAUAAAUCUGGGUAAUAACGCGUUGCAAGACAUACACGCCGGGGCUUUCAAUGGCUUAGGAAUACUCAAGCGGCUAUUUUUGCACGAGAACAAGUUGGAGGUUUUCCGGAAUGACACUUUUCUUGGUUUAGAGAGCUUAGAAUAUCUGCAAGCGGACUACAAUGUUAUUAAAAGGAUCGAGAGCGGCGCUUUCAGACACCUCCACAAACUACGGGUGCUGAUUUUGAAUGACAAUCUGAUCCCAGUGCUGCCCAACUACCUGUUCCGCUCCGUAUCUCUCACGCAUCUGGACCUGAGAGGGAACAGGUUAAAGACGUUACCGUACAAGGGCAUGCUGGAGUAUAUUGGGCGGAGCUUGAUGGAAAUCCAGUUGGAGGAGAAUCCGUGGAACUGUGUGUGCGAGAUAGUGCAAUUGAAAACGUGGCUCGAGAGAAUCCCGUACACCGCGUUGGUGGGCGAGAUCACGUGCGAGUAUCCGUUCCACCUGCACGGGAAGGACUUGCGAGAAAUCAAACGUAGCGAGCUCUGUCCUCUGCUAUCGGACGCGGAAAUCGAAGCAAAACUCGGAAUUCCGCGCAUACACUUCAACAAUGAAAACACAUGGCCUACAAAACCGUCGUCUAUGCUGUCGUCGUUCCACAAUACGGCGUCCUCUGUGGAAUACCGGGACAGAACAGCCAAACCCACCAGACGGCCCCCCAAAGCUACAAAGAACCCGCCCACCCCUCGUAGCAUCUACCCCGGUUUGAACCAACCUCCCAUAGCUGGCUACCAAACAAGACCCCCCAUCCCGAUCAUAUGCCCCUCUGGAUGCAUUUGCAAUCUUCACAUUAAUGACUUGGGGCUAACCGUUAACUGCAAAGAAAAAGGCUUUCACAAUAUUUCCGAGCUCCUCCCAAGGCCGCUAAAUGCCAAGAAGUUAUAUCUAAGCGGGAAUCUAAUCCAGAAAAUUUACCGUUCCGAUUUUUGGAACUUCUCAAGUUUGGAUUUAUUGCAUUUGGGAAAUAAUCGGAUCUCUUACGUCCAAGAGGGGGCCUUUAUCAACCUGCCCAAUUUGAAAAGUUUAUAUUUGAAUGGAAAUGAUAUCGAGAGACUAACUCCAGGGAUGUUUAGGGGCCUCCAUAUGUUGAGUUAUCUUUAUUUUGAGUAUAAUGUCAUCCGUGAGAUCCAACCUAACUCCUUCUCCCUGAUGCCCUCCCUCCAGCUGGUUUUUCUUAACGACAACCUGCUCCGCACCCUCCCCGCUGAUGUUUUCGCCGGCACCAAUCUUGCACGUCUCAACCUCCGCAACAACUACUUCCUGUCCCUGCCUGUGCGUGGCGUUCUGGAGCACCUCACCUCCCUGGUUCAAAUCGACCUGCACCAGAACCCAUGGGAGUGCUCCUGUGACAUAAUCCCCUUGAAGCAGUGGGUGGAGAAGCUGUCCUCUGUCAUUGUGGUGGGCGACGUCAUCUGCAAAACUCCAGAGUUCGCUUUUGGCAAGGAUCUGCGCUCCCUGGAGGUGGAGGUGCUGUGCCCAGAGCUCAAGCUGUCUGGGCCCUCCCCUGUUCUGCCGGGGGAUGACGUGAAUGGAGGGGGCUCUAACAUGGGAGAAGCGGGCGCCAGGGGAGCUGUGCCUCUGUCUGUCCUUAUCCUCAGCCUGCUCAUUCUUUUCAUCUCGGCUGUGUUCGUGGCUGCUGGGCUUUUUGCUUUUGUCCUCCGCCGCAGGAAGAAGCUGCCCUUUAGGAAGCGUUCUGAGGUGGAUCUGACAGGGAUUCAAAUGCAGUGCCGGAUUUUUGAGGAUCCGCCAAGACCAAGUAGUGCUGGAAAAUCGCCACCGGAGAAGCCCACUCCUACAUUGCACACUCACAGCAGUCACUCUCACGCCCAUGGACACGUCUAUGAUUACAUCCCCCACCCGGUCACUCAGAUGUGCAACAACCCCAUAUAUAAGCCCCGUGAGGGAGAGAUUGCAGAGGAGGGUCGGCAGUUUACCGAGAAGAAAGACAGUGGCAGCAGUAGCAACAAUUACAGAACCUUAUUAGAGAAAGAGAGAGAGUGGACCUUGGCCGUGUCCAACUCUCAGCUCAACACCAUCGUCACAGUGAACCACAGCACUGCUGACAUAGCAGGGUUCCACGAGAACGGAGGGCUGUGCCCCACUGUCAUCGACAGUCAGAGGCCCACCCCCACUGUGGGCUUUGUAGACUGUCUGUAUGGGACCGUGCCCAAACUAAAGGACAUGCAUGUGGCGCAUGCACACCCACCAGGCAUGCAGUACCCAGACUUACAACAGGAUGCACGACUGAAGGAGACGUUGCUUUUCACGGCGGGGAAAGGCUGCUACCCCGAUCCGUCCCAAAGCGAUUACCUCGAGUUAAGGGCCAAACUUCAGACCAAGCCGGAUUACCUCGAAGUCUUGGAAAAAUCGUAUCGGUUUUAA